AUGUCCGAACGCAAGGUCGUCCUCACCACCGGCGCAACUGGUGCAAUUGGCAGCGCAACUGCCGUGGCCUUGGCUAAGACUGGCGAAUUUGACCUCGCGCUGCACUAUCGCAAUGCCAGCCCCGAGAAGCGAGCCACACUGCAGGAAGAGAUCCUGGAAGCUGCUCCUUCGAAUCUAAGGAUCGAGUUCUUCCAGGCAGAUCUAGGAGAUUCAGCGUCGAUUCAAGAGCUCCACAGCGAGAUCACAAAGACUAUGGGGGGAAUCGACGCCUUUUUCGGCAAUGCAGGCUCAAACGAAGGGGCAACCAACAAGACGUGGAAAGUUAAUGUCGAAUCGAAUAUUCUACUUUCUCAGCUGUGUUUGCCUCAUAUGCAAAAACAAGGCUAUGGUCGUAUCAUUCUGACCUCUUCGUUGGCCGCACUCACUGGAGGUAUCGUUGGUCCACACUACGCUUCAUCCAAGAGCGCUUUGCAUGGAUUCAUUUACUGGCUUGGAGGCUCCGUGGCCAAGAGCGGAGUAACCGUGAACGGAAUCGCCCCUGGGCUUGUGACUGGAACCGAGUUGCUUGAUGUUGGGACCGUGGCUAACAGAAUACGAAUUGGAAGAGCUGGGCAUCCGGAAGAGGUUGCGGAGACGGUGGUUUGGAUGAUGAAGAGUGGUUAUCUGACGAGGAAGAUCGUUACUCUUGAUGGCGGCAUCUUUUGUAGGUGA